AUGAUACCAAUAACGGAAAAAGAUGAAGAUAGGCUUUAUUACAAAAUUGAUGGAUUACUUGAACCGGACACAGAGUACGUGUUUCGGAUGCGCGCUAUUUAUCCGGAUGGGCCAGGAGUGUUCUCCGACGCUUGUAUUACCAAAACACUUCCAGACGGUAACGCCCCAUAUAUUCUCAUUUCGAACGGUGAUCACGGAGUGGAAGGUAAAACGGAAAUAACGAUCCUUCCGGGAUCGGCGCUUGAUCUCUCAUGUAAUGCAACAGGACAGCCUCGUCCAGCAGUUAAAUGGAUCCGCUCAGGAUACUAUCCGAUUGAUCCUGCUUGGGUAAAAGCAAACGAGAGGUAUGCCAUAUGGUUUCUGAAAGUAUCUAACAUUACCGAAGAUACAUCAUUCAACUGCGUUGCACAAAGUCCGCUCGGUUUUGCCAAUUGGACCAUCAGUGUUCGUCUUGUUCCAGACCUUCGAUCAACAUGGAAAAAUGAUUUCAUAGUUGCGAAGAAUGAGGAUGGUGAGGUGGCAGUACACUUUACAGAUGAUUUACCGGAUUAUCUUAAGGGACCUCAGAAUCCUUGGAAUAUCUACUGGACUGACAAUCCUUCGAAACCUUUCGAAACUUGGAAUUUAAUUUCAUCUGAUGGUCGUCCCUUAGACCGUGUAUAUAUCCCUGAAAUGGAGCCAGGUGCCAAGUAUCAUUUGUUAAUUGAGCAGCCAUCUGCUGGAAUCAAAACACCAAUCUUCGACAUCAUGACUCCAAAGCCAGUUGGCGACAUACGCGUUGGAACUGAUAUCAACGGCGAAACAGUGCUAGAUUUCAAGCCAGCACUUGCUACGGAACCUAUCAAGAAAUACAUUAUCAAAUACUGGCCAGAUGACAAUCCAUCAGCUGUAAUGUACAUGGAAACACCAGUCAACGUUACCGACAAGAUUGUGCUAGAUAGCUUGCAGCCUGAUACUGAUUAUAAUUUUAUGGUUACUGCAAAAUUUGACGACGGCGAUAGUCUUGCAAGUGAACCAACUAAAAUACGUACACCUUCCGGAGAUAUUCAGUGUCACUGUGCACAUGCCUGCAUGUUUGAAGAGGAUGAGGAAGGAGUGAUAACAGCAUCAUGCUACUGUCAUAAUGGUUUCAAACUUGCUGAUGAUAAGAAAUUAUGCGAAUCUAUAGAAGAAGAUGAGGAAGGGGGUAUUGUUCAGGUUACUCCACCAACACUAACUCCUGAAUCCGAGCAUCCGAAGGAACUGUCUACAAUGUCAACUCUUUUUGAUGAUUUGGUACCGAAGUCGGAGAAACUUGAUAGGACAGAAAUUCUGGAACCAAAGGAACGUGAGAGAGAGUCAAAAACCGAGCCUUCGCCAACCGAUGGGUUCGGAGGAGCCGUUUGGCAGGAUGAGCAAUUGGUAACUACAGAUGCGAGUAGAGAAUCGGUUAAUACCAGUAUUUCGCCACUGUCAACUGAUUCUGGUCAGCAACACCGUGUUUUGUCACCAGUCGUUGAUUUCGAUGGUAUACCCUUGCCCACUGAUGAAUACGGGCAUGCAGUGGAUAAUCUCGGAAAUCCAAUUAUGUGGAAUGAUGAAGGCCAGCCAAUAGGCCCAAAUGGGACUCCUUUACGUCGCAAUUACAAAGGAGAAUAUAUAUAUCCAGUUGUUGGGAAAGAUGGACAGCCUUUGCCCACUGAUAUUAACAUGAAACCGAUUUAUCCUGUUAUUGGACCAGACAAUCAGCCGUUCCGAAAAAACCAGGAAGGAAUGCAUAUCGAUCAGUAUGGCCGAAUAAUCCCAACAGAUACUUCUGGACGCCCAAUUAGUGUUGAUGGGUCACCUUAUCCAACUGAUGAACACGGUCGAUAUGUUGUGGAUUCGGAAACCAUCAUUCAGCAAGAUAUACCAACGGAUGAGCUUGGACGUGUUAUCUAUCCAGUUUUCUAUCCAGAUGGAAUGUUACUACCAACAGUGGAGGAUGGUCGGUUUGUUAACGAACAUGGACAACUCAUCCCAACCAGUGAUGCCGGAUUGCCGGUUAAUGAGAAAGAUGAGGUGUUACCAAAGGAUUCUGAAGGAAAUUUUGUUUAUAUAGGCAAUUAUGUUUUGCCCACUGAUUCUGAUGGACAGUCUGUGAAGAUACAAUAUAACGGGAGACUUCUUAAGAGCAACAAAAUGGGACGUAUCAUUGGUCCUAGUGGGCAAUUAGUGCCAGUAAAUAACUACGGACAUCCAGUUGACGAAUCUAACACUAUACUUCCAACUACUUCUGAUGGCAUAUUUAUACUACCAAUGAUUGAUGGAAGGAGUGUGGCAGUUUCAGGAACGGAACAAAGGAAGGGAGCGAAACGACCUCUCAGUAUCAUCGGACCUAAUGGACAUUUGCUACCGACUAUGGAAGAUGGUACUGUUUUAGAUCCUUUUGGAAAGAUCAUACCAACGAACAACAUUGGAGAACCAGUGAAUUAUCGUAAUGAACCGCUACCAACUGACAGUGACGGACAGGCUAUUUAUCCAAAGGAUGGCUUGGACUGCCCACUGCCUCCAACAGACGAACAUGGAAGGCCGGUUUAUUCAGUGGUUGGACCAGAUGGGAGGUUACUUGCUCGAAAACACGACGGAACUGUACUUGAUCCAGACGGCAACUCACUCCCAACUAAUGCAGCUGGAGUACCUGUCGACAGUAAAGGACGGCCUUUACCCAGUGAUAGAAAUGGUUCUAUCAUUUAUCCAGCUAGAGGAAUCGAUACUGAACCCCUUCCAACAGAUUCUAAUGGAAAACCGGUAUAUCCAGUAAUCGGAAUUGACGGAAGUUUGUUACCGACAGAUAGAGACGGCAGAGUGAUCGAAGAGGAUGGAAAGCCUCUGCCAACAAAUGCUGCUGGCGUUCCGGUAAAUGAGCAAGGAGAACCACUGCCAUUCGAUCAGAAUGGUUACAUCAGAUAUCCUGUCACAACAGAGAGAAGAGGGAAACCUACAUACAUCAUUAUCGGGACAGAUGGAGAACCGUUACCACGAAAUGAAGAUGGAUUGAUUAUUGGUCCGAAUAAUAGACCAGUGCCAACUGAUGCUUCUGGAUACCCAGUGGAUCAUGGUGGAAGACCUUUACCUCGAGAUCAAAAUGGAAAUAUCAUUUACCCUGCCAACGGUAUAGAUGUUGAACCGAUGCCAACUGAUCGAAAUGGCAGACCCGUAUAUUUGGUAAUCGGGCCGGAUGGCCAGUUGCUUCCAAAAGACAGUGAUGGUGCUGUAACUGAUGCCGAUGGACGACCUAUUCCGACAAAUGCUGCAGGAGUUCCUCUUGACCACUAUGGAAAACCGCUAUCUGUCGAUCGAAAUGGUUAUGUUUUCUAUCCGAAGCAAAGUUACGAAUCUGAUCGAACCGGUGUACUGACACACUCUAUUUUGGGACCUGAUGGAGCUCUAUUGCAGCAGAAUGCUGAAGGCGCAUUUGUUGAUCCCUAUGGCAGGCCGAUUCCAACAAAUUCCAAUGGAUAUCCUAUUGAUAAUCACGGAAGGCUUUUGCCAAAAGACCGCUUGGGUAAUUUUAUAACGAACAUUUCAACUUUGUUCCAUCUUCUCUACUUUUAUCCAGGUCAAUCAAGGAAAACAUUGAGGAGAUUCAUUUAG